CCUUAAGCAGCAAGACGCGAGACCCACAACGCGAACGUGAUGACCGAGAGAGUCCUGGAACUAGGACGCGGUCGUGUGCAUUACCUUUUUGUCCUUAAGCUUUCACAGCAAACACGACGCGAGCUUCAAAAAACCUCUUUAGAUGUGCUCUUUUCAAGAAACGAGAGAAGCGCUACUUUUAGCGUUCGAUAGCGGAGUUAUUGAUGAAAAAGAAUUUGUGCUGUUAUACGAAGAAAGUACCUCGAAAAAUCCAUCUUUUGGCUACGAAGAUUACGAGAAGUUUGAUUUGAACUCCAUCGAUCCUGCAACGUGCAAAGCAGACUUCAGAGUUGAAAAGAACGAUCUUUUCAUGCUUAAAGAAGCAUUAAACAUCCCUGACCGCAUAGUUUGCCAUCAAAGAUCGAUUUGUGAUGGAAUGGAAGCACUCUGUAUGGUUCUCAAGCGCCUUGCCUACCCAUGUCGAUACAGUGACAUGAUACCUCUAUUUGCAAGGCCUGUUCCUGUCAUAAGUAUGUUAACAAACGAAGUGAUCGAUUACAUCUAUGACAACCAUCACCACAGAAUCACAGCAUGGAAUCAAGAUCUACUUAUGCCUUUAAAGCUUGAGGCGUAUGCUGCUGCAGUUCAUGAUAAAGGUGGUGCACUAAAUAAUUGUUUUGGUUUUAUAGAUGGAACUGUGAGACCUAUCUGUAGACCAGGAGAACACCAAAGAAUAGUUUAUAAUGGUCAUAAAAGAGUGCAUGCCAUAAAAUUCCAAUCUGUUACUUUGCCCAAUGGAAUCAUUGCUCAAUUAUUUGGCCCAGUUGAAGGAAGAAAACAUGAUUCUGGUAUGCUUGCAGAUUCUGGGCUCCUACAGCAGCUAAGCCAGUAUGCCUUUUCUUCUACUGGUGACCCUAUGUGCCUGUACGGUGACCCAGCUUACCCAUUGAGGAUCCACUUGCAAGCUCCAUUCAGGAAUGCAGUGCUUACCCCUCAAAUGCAUUUCUUCAAUGAAUCAAUGAGUUCUGUUCGAGAGUCUGUUGAAUGGCUUUUUGCAGACAUUGUUAAUUACUUCAAGUUUUUGGACUUUAAAAAGAACCUGAAAUUGCAGUUGAGUGCUGUAGGUAAAUUUUACAUUGUAGCAGCAAUUCUACGCAAUGCCUUGACAUGUAUGUACUUUAAUGAAACCUCAAAAUUCUUUGGGCUUGAGCCACCAACACUACAGGAAUACUUCUCAUGAGACUUUAUAAUGAGAUCAUUAAUAAGUUUUGUACCAUCUCAGUUUUUCUUUGAAUUUAAUGGAUUUUUCAAACCAGUCUAUUUGAAAUAGAAAAUCAAUGGUUUCGAGUAGGACUAACCUGUAGUAGAGACUAAUUUCUCUGUUUCUAUUUUACUAGAAUGGCUUUCCAUCAACCAAGAAAAAAUAGUUCGGCAUCAAAAAAAUCAACUCUUAAUUGAUAUAGUUGAAUAAAAUCUAACCAUAGUCAUUCUGCUAUAAAUUUAUUUGAUUGGUAUUUAAAACUUUAAACAUUUCAAUGUCCUGAAACUUAAACAAACAUUUUAAGACACAAAGUAAAAAUCAUAGCCUGGAAAAAUAUAGCCUAAAACAAUAAACAAUAUUUUAUCAGUGCAAACUGGAACAGGAGAUGUAAUAAAUAACUAAGGGAUAAUUUUGGUUUUCAAUAAGACCAUGAUAAUACACUUUUGAAAUAAAAUUGGAUAAACACA